AGACGGGAGGCGUCGGGGGGCCCGGGAGUACCGGGGGCCCGGGGAGCGGCGGGGCCGCCCGGGGCUGGGGGCUGCGGAGGCGGGGUGGGCGCCACUGCCGCCCCAGGGUCACGCGUGGGACGGGCACCGCGGCUCGGGGGAGCCCCGCCGCCCCCUCAGCCGAGGGUCCGGCAGCGGGAGCCCCCGGGCGAGGCAUGGAGCCCCGUCCCGAGAGCCCGCAGGACACCCCGGGCACGGCGGACACUGCUGCCGAGUUCCUGAGCCUCAUCGGGCUGAAGGAGCUGGAGUGGUGCCUGUUUGCCGAGACAUUGGCAGUGGUGGCCCCACCGAGGGACAAGGCAGAGGGCCAGUGGUGGAUGGCAGCCCAGUGGGCACCCUACCAGCGGGAAGGUGAGCCGGUGCAGAGCUGCAUCCUGGUGCAAACCAAGUUCCGAGGCAAGCAGGAUGGUGUUCCUGCCUCCAGCACCCUCAAAGCCUACGUGACCUGGCAGCUGGAGACCCUGGAGCAGGAGGAGCAGGAGUGCCUGGAGCUCAGACCAUAUCCCACAGAGAAGACGACCCACAUCGUAAGCCACGAGCACGGGAUGACGGUCACAAAGACACUGCAGGAAGGAGGGGCAGAGCCACAGUGCCAGAGCUUCUCAUACAGCCGGGCCACGCUGCGGGCGCGGCUGCUGGAGGGUGCCAGCCUCCUGCUGCUGCGGGUGCUGGCACGCCGGCAGACAAUGCCCCUCGACCUUGUCUUCCCAGCCAUCAACAGCGAGGGCGACCUCUGCACCGCCAGCUAUUCUGCCCUGGGCAUCCAGCAGCAGGCAGUGGGCUCGGCAGAGACUGAGGUGUUCGUGAUCCAGCGAGCCGUGCACGCCAGCACAGGCGCCCGCACUGUGUGGCACAGCAGCUUCCUCCCCAAUGGGCGUUUGGCUCAGCUGAUGCAGAUCGGCUUUCCAGUGCUGAUGCUUCUACAGGAUGAAUCCAUCCUCAGCAAGUCAGGUUUGAGCCUCAGCUCCCCUUCCCCAAACAACCUCUGGACUGGAAGGAGGACGUGGAGCUCUACUGCUAUUUCCUGGACAGGAAGGACGAGCUGCAACUAUCCCAUGCUGCCUACCUCCAGCAGCACCCCGAGGUCCGGGCACUGCUGUCUGACUUCCUCCAGGCAUUGCUCCUCCAGCAGCCACAUGACACCAUCUCCUUUGCUGCGGAAUUCUUCGCCUACCAGCGGCCCUUUGGGAGCCCCUUUGGCUCCACUGGAGCUGCCAGCCCCCUCCCCAACUCCCCAGCUGGCCACCCUCCAUCUAACAGCAAAUAAAGCAGCCGGCUCCGCCUGUCCAGUCCUGUUUGCUUUGGGGAAACUGAGGCUCAGGGAGGGCAGGUGGAGCUGAGCUGUGUGCUGAAGCCCCACCAUGCCUUCUGGCUGGGACCCUGUCCUUCCCCCAGCUGUUCUAGGCCUUGCUUAGGGGGUGGGGGAUGCCUGGGGCAUACUGUGGAGCAGGGCCAGGCCCACAUCCCUGCGCCUGCCACCCCCCAACAUGUUCCUGGGGGACACCCCUUGCCCAUCUCCCUGUGGGACAAGGCCUGGCUGGCAGAAGGGUACCCACUUUUGUUGGCACAGCUUGUCACUGCAACACUAGCACUCCAUGUUAGGCAUGAAGCUCCCUGCACCCGAGGGUGAUGUGAGCACCCUGUGCCACAGAGCCUGCCUGGCUGUGUGCUUCCCCCAGCAGCUAAGGCUGCAUUUUGAUCUCCUUAUGCAACACGUGCCUGCUUCCUCCUCACUCCCACUCCUGUGGCAUUUCCCCUACUCCCGUGGGGCCAGCCCUCGCUUCUCGCACUGUGGGACACUGUCCCCUGUCCCUCCAGUCACCCAAGCAGAACCUUUGGCAUGUGAUGGUCAGUGAGAGGCAGACAUGCUCCCACGCCCCAGUGAGAGUGCCUCGUGUUCUCACACAC